UAAGGAUAGGGCAUAAAAUCAGUUACCACGGAAUAAAUUAUACACAUAAAGAUAUGUGUGUGUGUUAACAAACGAUAUACCAGAUCACGUUCCAUGGAACUUGUAUUUUGCAUAGCUGCACUUCUAGCAGUGGCUGCAGGCAAACAGUCAUGCUACUCAUGUACAGGGGUGUCGAGGAAGGAGGAUUGCAAUAAGGUGGUUGAAUGCAGCACUGACGAGAUUUGUUUCUCGAGGCGCACUGUCAGUACCACCGGCAAUGUAACGUUUGACUAUGGAUGUUUAUCAAACUCUGAGUGUGGCACCCUCUCGUCUUCCCCAGUUGUUGGUCGUAAGAGGGGGAUUAGAGAUAGUGGCCGGUGUAUCCAAUGUUGUGACGCGGAUGCUAUGGGCUGCACGGACCAGAACAGCUCAAGUUGUGGUUGUAACCGAGACUUGUGUGGAUUACCCGAAAACGGAGAAAAAAUCUGCUUCAGCUGUGACGAUGUCAGACAUCCUUCAGAAUGUACAACUACGAAGAGUUGUUUUGCUGAUGAGAUGUGCUCUACAAAUCAGCAAGCUUAUGAUGGCCAUACUAUUCGUUACAAUUUGGGAUGCGAACGUAAGAUGGUGUGUUCAGUUUAUGCUUCGCAAGGCGACUAUCCUGGUAGAUUUUGUACUAAAUGCUGUGAUACUAAUUUCUGUAAUAUUGCACUAUGUGGAACUCACAAAUAAAAUAUGUAACAAAAAACAUAUACAUCAAU